AUUUUAAUUUAUCUAACUACUAUUUGAUGCCACACUAUCCAGAAGAUAUCGAAUAUUCGGACAAAUAUCAAGAUGAUUACUACGAAUACAGACAUGUAAUCCUCCCCAAGCAUAUUUUCAAAAAGAUCACCAAAGGAAAACUCUUGAGCGAAAUGGAAUGGAGAAAUCUAGGCGUUCAACAAUCCAGAGGUUGGAUUCAUUAUGAGUGUCAUAGACCUGAACCACACAUUUUACUUUUCAGAAGACCCAAAGGAACAGAUCCUAAUAGUGGUUUGGCUCCUUAAGGGUUCUCAGCCCCCUAUUGAUUUAGUUAUUAUCCAUUGCGCACAAUUAUUAUAAUACUUAUUUCAAAUAAAA